GAUUCCGUGUGGGAUUGGGGACCCCUAUCGGACCCUACAUGUUAUGUGGAAGGGAUAACCAGAGUUGCAAUAGCUCUGUUUGAACUGGAAGCACUGGAUUUUACUAACUCCCGAAAUGUAGAAAUACAUCCUGAAAAGGGCUACGGGAAACCAUCUCCUUGCUUUGAAUACUUCGUUAUCAAGAAA